CGCUGACUUCUCAGUCGGGCGCUGCCAACUCCGUCUAGCACUCGCCUCUUGCCGACACGCUCCCUAAAUCGUUCGAAAACUUCAUGUGUUCGUCUGUAAUUACGUUCCAUAAAUUAAUUUCUACUAUCCGCAAAAGAAAUCUCGAUCGACAGUAACGUGCUGACAACUUGGUGAUCAGGACGACAAGAAGGCGCUGUGGACGGCAUGGACGGCGACGGGUCGUCCCCAACACCACAGCAGCUGCUGGCUGCCGUCGGGGCCAUCAUACCACCCAUGUCGCCCUCCGCCCAUAAGGGCCAGGCAGGGCGGGUGGGCGUGGUGGGAGGGUCGCUCGAGUACACCGGAGCGCCGUACUUCGCCGCCACCACGGCGCUGCGCUGCGGUGCUGACCUCGCGCAUGUCUUCUGCGCACGAGACGCCGCGGCGCCCAUCAAAGCGUACUCCCCUGAACUGAUCGUGCACCCAGCCCUGGACUGCCCUGACCCCAUGUCGGAGAUCAGCGUUUGGUUGCCACGUCUGCACUCCCUCCUGCUGGGGCCAGGCUUGGGGCGCCGUCCUCAGAUCUUUGCUACCCUCAACCACAUCAUCCAGGACGCCAUCGACAAGCAGAUCCCAAUGGUAUUUGACGCCGAUGCUUUAUUUUACCUCAAUGAUAACUUCGAUGUUUUGAAGGGAUACAGAAACGUGAUUCUUACGCCCAACCGCGUCGAGUUCGCUCGGCUCUACCGCAGUGUUUUGAAGCGCGACCUGCGAGCAGACGACAUCGAGGUCGAGAACAUCGAGCAGCUCGCCAAGCACUUGGGGGUUACGAUUCUGUGCAAAGGGCAGACAGACAUCAUCGUGGGGGAUGACGUCAUCCUCACCUGUAACGUCACGGGCGCCCCAAGACGGUGUGGAGGACAAGGCGACGUUUUGUCAGGAGCCACAGCCCUGUUUUAUUAUUGGGCCCACGGGACAUCAGUGGCCUGCCAUAACACGCCCCUGCCUCUGCCUGCUGGCCCGUUGGCAGCCUGGGCAGCGGCGGCUCUCACUCGCACCGCCAUGAAAAUUGCCUUCAAAAACACGGGUCGCGGUACCCUGACCAACGACGUCCUCAGCAUCGUGCCUGCCGCGUUCUCGGCUCUCUUCGGCAACAAGUAGCCGACGCUUCAUUGUAGCCUCUUCUACCGUCACACAUUUCAUCUCCACAAGAAGUAUAAACUAUAUCUAAAUACUUCUUGUGCAUACAAACCUAUUCCUUUGAUUAACAAAUUUAUGAAUUAAAAA